CUGCAGGUCGUCUCUUCUGUCUACUCGUGCUUUGCACCGCCGUUGAGUCGUCAUCGGCGCCGGUGCGAGUGGGCGUGGUUCUGGACCUGACGAGUGACGUGGGGAGGAAGAGCCUCACCUGCAUUUCCAUGGCCCUUGACGACUUCUACCUGAAGCACCCGAGCUACGCCACGCGUGUGGAGCUGCGCGUGAGGGAUUCGCGUGGAGACCUCGUCACGGCGGCACAUGCUACCGAGGAGCUCAUGGACAAGAAUUCCCAGGUGCAAGCCAUCAUCUCGCCUCAGACAUCACCUGAAACCGAGCUGUUUGCAGGCACCGCGGAACGCAGCAACAUCCCGUUCAUUUCUUCCUCCGCCGCCUGGCCGGCAUCAAGCUGGGCCAAAUCACGUUUCUUCGUGCGCACCGCACCCAGUAUGAGCUCCCAGGCGCGACCGAUUGCCGCCAUUCUCGAGGCGUUCGCUUGGCGCGCCGCCAUCCUGCUGCACGAGGACUCGCCCUAUGGCAUCGGCAUCCUAUCGUCGCUGGUUCACGCGUUCAAGGGCUCACGCAGCCUAACGGAUAGCGUGGCUGUGCCCGGCGAUGCGACAGACAGCCUCAUUGACGCGGCGCUCCUUGUGGCGAACACCAUGCCGACACGGGUGUACAUCGUGCACAUGCUUCCCGCUUUGGCCGCACGGCUGUUCCGUCGUGCCAUGGUCGCUGGCAUGAUAUCGGAGGGGUACGUCUGGAUUGCCACCGCCGGCGUUGGCGACGCGGUGGACAGCCUCCCCGACCACGGUGACAUCAAUAACAUGCAGGGGGUUGUAAGCCUGCUGCCCUACGUGCAGGCAACUGAAGAACUGAGGAGCUUCAGGAGACGAUUCCGGGUGAGGUUUCGGCUGGAGAACUCAGCUCUCCAGGACGACGACCUGAAUGUGCCGAUGUCGCUCCUCUGGUUGUAUGACACGGCAUGGGCAGCCGCGGUAGCAGCUGAGGUUUCCUUCCGAACGGCACCGCCAACGACAUUCCUCGAUGCUCUGCUUGUCAGCAAGUUCGACGGCCUGACCGGAAGAUUCAGACUCGUUGGUGGGCAGUUGCGGGUCUCGACCUACGAGAUCGUGAAUAUCAUUGGCAAAGGCGUAAGAACAGUCCGUUUCUGGACACCGGAGUUUGGGAUCUCAACAAGCUUAUACCCCAAGAGUCCAGGGAAAGAACUGAAGCAGAUUCUUUGGCCUGGCGAGACGGCAGUUGUCCCGAUCGGAUGGACCGCGACACCGAAUGGACGGCCCCUUAUCGUCGCCGUCUCGGUCUCGGGCGGUCCGAGCAGGGGAUACUACUUAGAAGUUUUCGAAGCAGUCAUGGCGAGACUGAACUAUGCACUUGCGUAUAAGUAUAUUCUAGUAUCUAACGCUAGCAUGGAGUUCCUUCUUAACAUGGUGCACGACAAGGAAGUCGACGCCGUGGCCGGACACGUGACGAUCACCGCAAGCAGGAUGAACUUGGUUUCCUUCACGAUGCCGUUCGCUGAGACGGGUUACUCAAUGAUCGUUGCUGAGGAGGACAUCAGCAACAGCAUGUGGAUCUUUGUGAAGCCGCUAACACCCGAGCUCUGGCUCACCAGCCUUGCCUUCUUCUUAUUCACCGGCUUCCUUGUGUGGGAAAUUGAGCACAGGAUCAACCCUCGAUUCAGCGGCACGCCUUUGAAGCAAUUCGGCACACUCCUCUACUUUGCGUUCUCGACCAUGGUUUUCUCCCAUAAGGAGAAGUUAGAGAGCAACCUUUCAAAGCUGGUGGUUAUCAUGUGGGUUUUUGUGGUGCUCAUCCUCACAACAAGCUACACGGCGAACCUGGCAUCGAUGUUGACGGUACGGCAGCUCCAGCCAUCCAUGAAUGACUGGACAGAGAAGGACUACGUGGGAAUUCAGGAAGGUUCCUCCGUUGAGCUCAUCCUCGAGAAGAUGGGCUUCCCCGAGGCAAAGUUCAGAAUGUAUACCACCAUUGAUCAAUACGCGGAUGCCCUCAACAAGGGGUCGGACAACGGAGGCGUCACGGCCAUCUUCGACGAGGUGCCCUACCUAAAGCUCUUCCUCUCGCGUUACUGCGAAGGCUAUUCCAUGGUGGGUCCGAUCUACAAGAGCGGCGGGUUUGGAUUUGUCUUCCCGCUGGGAUCUCCACUUGUGGAAGACGUGUCGCGCGCCAUUCUGGAGCUGAAAGAGGAGGGCGAGCUUACGCUCAUCGAGAACAAGUGGUUCAACCCCUUCGGGGCGUGCGUGAGCAGGAGCAAGGGCGUAGAGGCCAGGCUCGGGCUGUGGCGACUCGGUGGGCUGUUUCUCACCAACGCCGUCGUUUCAGGCAUCGUGCUCCUGGUCCACCUCGCCAGUUUAUUCUCCGGCAAGCCCAGAGCCGACUCGGAAGGUGCGGUGGGAGCGCUGCAGUGGCUGCGCGCAUGGCUCCGGCUCUUCAACACCUCUGAGGAGCGGCGAGGAGAGCCUGGGAACAACGGCAGAGGAGAUAUGGAGCUAAAUCAUCAUGGUCUGGCCGCCGGAGCUACUGAACAGCAAGGAGACACGGGAGACUCUGACUCCACUCCCCUGUAUGCCUCUGAUUCCGGAAGAAACGCUGCUUCUGCCCCUGUUCCCGAGGAAAUCCUGGCACAUGAUGGUGAUGAUGCAAUCAUUAGCCCACAAAUUUAAAUUGAUUAAAGUUGUUUGUAACUACUACUAUUAUUAGUAUUUCUCAAUAGUAGCACUAUGUGUGGUGUUAUAGCACUAUAUGAUUAAAGAAUUAGUGGCAGCGCUUGCAACGUGGAU